AUGUCCAAUUCUGUAAGGCUUUUACCGGCGCACAAUGGCGCCGGUAAAAGUUUCCCAAAUUUUGGUGGGAAUGUUAACCGCCCUCGUGAAAAUUUGGGGGGAAAUAAAACUCGUGGUCCCGUUGACCGGCCCGAAGCACCGCCUCCUGCUUGUUGUUGUCAUUUUUGGACUGCUUCAGUGGAAGAUGCCUGCCAACCGAAGUUGGAUGAAGGCGCACCGCGCUCUGCGAGUUUCGAAGUGGCGUUGACGAGUUCGUUGCGCGGGAUCCAACCUUCGUACAACCCCUGGUAUUUCCACGGGAGACUUUCUCUCGGCCCGCAGCUUGAACUUCCCGAAAAUGACGAAGAGGAAAUGGCGGAUGUGUUGGCGGACAUGUUAAGAGGGGACCACGGGUUUGACGAAUCCGCUAACACUACCGAUUCUUUCAAUGAACCCCCUAUCAACGACAACAACAAGUUCGAUGACUUGUUUAAGGAGAUGGAGGCUGAGUUAUAUCCAGGUUGCAAAAAAUCAGCCCUUAAUGCACUGGUAAAGCUUAUGCACUGCAAGGUUUUGAAUAGGUGGAGCAACCACUCUUUCGAUAUGUUGCUGUCCAUCUUGAUUGAUCUAUUUCCAGAGGGGACAAAAUUACCGAAGUCGCAUUAUGAGUCGAAGAUGCGAUUGCGCAAUCUAGGUUUGGGUUACGACUCAAUAGAUGUGUGCAAGUAUAAUUGUGCUAUUUUCUGGAAGGAGAAUGAGAAGAAGGAGUUUUGCCCUGUAUGUGGCGAAUCACGAUGGGUGAAAAGAAAGGGUAAGGGGAAAAAAGUUCCUCACAAAGUUAUGCGUUACUUCCCACUCACACCUAGGCUGAAACGAUUAUAUUGCUCAAGACACACUGCGGAGGAUAUGCGGUGGCAUUACUCGCAGAGACCAAAAGAAGACGGUGUGCUUAGGCAUCCUGCGGAUGCUGAAGAAUGGAAGCAGUUUGACCGCCUUCAUCCGUCUUUUGCUGUUGAACCUAGAAAUGUCAGACUGGGAUUGGCGACUGACGGUUUUAAUCCAUUUGGCAACAUGAGCAACUCUUACAGCCUGUGGCCAGUUAUUUGUGUCCCCUAUAAUUUGCCACCGUGGAAGUGUAUGAGUUCUGAAUCGUUGUUGUUGACCUUAUUAAUUCCAGGUCCAUCAUCUCCUGGGAAAGACAUAGAUGUAUUCAUGAGACCGUUAAUUGAUGAACUGAAACAGUUGUGGGAGACGGGUGUUGAAACCCGAGAUGCCUACAACGGAACUGUGUUUUCAAUGCGUGCGGCAGUGUUGUGGACAAUAAAUGACUUUCCUGCUUAUGCUCUAAUGUCUGGUUGGAGCACAAAAGGGUAUAUGGCGUGUCCCACUUGCAAUGAACAUACUCUUCUAAGUAUCGACGGGAAGUCAAAGGAUACCGACAAGGCGAGAAUGGAUUUGCAAGACUUGCAAAUACGACGAGAGUUGUGGUUGUAUGAAGACCGAAACGGGAAGUGGAAGAAGCCUCCAGCUAGUUACAACCGUCCUGACCGGAACAAUGACAUUGUCCAAAACAUGCCAACUCGACAAUUUUCUGUAUUCAAGCAUGUUGGUCGACCCAUCGGUAUGAGGACAGUCGACACCUUACCCAUGCAAAGCAAGCGUAAGGCGGAGUGGUACAUUUUGAACAAUUGCACAGAGGUUGAACCGUAUAUCAAUGAGCACAAGGAGUUGCUUCAAGCAAGGGGUGUAGGCAAUAUUGAGACAGUGCAAGAGACUGAGUUCCCUGAAUGGUUCAAAACUCAAAUUAAUGAACUACGGUUGACCAACCAGGGUGCAGUGUCAGAUGAGUUGUAUGCUAUCGCUAACCCAGCGAAUACAGCAAUUUAUUUUUAUCCAGGGUGCAUAGUGAACGGUAUUAAAUUUUUGGUCAAGGAAAGGGAUGAUAACCGCAAAACACAGAAUAGCGGUGUCAUGGUCCCCGGUGAAGAUGGCCAAAAUUUUUACGGCACACUUGAAAAAAUUAUGGAGUUCACUUAUUUGAAAGAUUGCAGUGUUCUCUUAUUUUUUUGUAAGUGGUUUGACACUAACGGGAGUAGAAUGGAUAGUGACGGUGUUAUUACUAGCAUCUGCGUCAACCGACAGUGGUACCAAAAUGAACCGUUCAUACUUGCAUCUCAAGCAAAAUUGAUCUACUACAUUCCUGAUUUAAAGAACGGUAAAGACUGGCUGAUUGUAAAUGAGUACAUACCGCGCAAUGUUUGGGACUUCCCGGACACGGAUGGGGAGACACCCUUUGUACAGGAAAACAAUUCAACUGAAACCGAGUUCGUUGUUCAACUUCCACAGUUGGAUGAUGUUGACUAUGUUCGCCAUGAUGUCGACCCAACUGAAGUUGCAAACAUCCAUCGUGUGAAUUCACAGCCUCAACAAUUAGAUGAUUUCAUUGUCGAUGAUGACAACGAGGGUCUAAAUACCGAAGAAGACAACUCCUUAGAAUUAGAGAGUGACAGUGAUGAUAAUGCUGUAUAUGUAACUGAUGAUGAGGAUGAUGAAUUGUAA